CAAAAGCAACGACGUCGUACAGUGAUCCGCCGCUUUCUAAUUGGGUGUACUGUAGACACCGAGCCCCAUAUAUGAUUUUCUUACAAAUGAAGUCAGUCAAACUCGAACUCAAUCACAAAUAAAUAGAACAAAAGAAUAUCAGUCCAGCAGUAACAAAAAUGGCGUCUAUUCCACGUUACUUUUUCAUUUCUCUACUUGUUCUUCAUUCCCUUCUCUUCUCCUUUGUCAAAUGUGAUGACGAGGAAGACAACCUUCUUAAAGGUAUUAACAGCUACAGGGCAUCCCUAAACUUGAAAACUCUGCGCGAGAAUGACAAAGCCAAGUGCCUUGCUGAUGAAAUGGCCGACCAAUUUAAAGAUCAACCAUGUACAAACACAACCGGCGCCAAUACUGUACCUGGCACUGAACCUCAAUUCUCUGACUAUCCUAAACUUCUAUCCAAGUGCAAAUUGAAUGUCACAACCACCAGAGAUGGAAUGAUAAUGCCUGCCUGUGUUCCCAACCUUGUUCCAGACCUCGUUCUUUCCAACUUUACGAAGUCCCAGUAUUCUAAUUAUCUGAAUGAUACCAAGUUUAGUGGUGUUGGAAUUGGUUCUGACGAUAACUGGAUGGUUGUAGUCUUGACCACAAGCAACCCAGAGGGAAGCUUUACACCUGAUAAUAGUUCAGCAAACCUAGUUUUUCAGCUUGGUUUGAUCUCUCAUGCAGUCUUUCUACUUGUGGCAUUUCUCAUCUUACUGUGAAAAUGUUGAACCUUUACACUUUUUUUUCUUUUUUCACAUCUGAGUGUAGUUUCUAUUAUCAGUACCGGAUUUUGUUGUUAGCUGGUGAUUUGUAAUAUUCUUAUUGAAAGAGGGAGAUUAUCAGCUACUAUCCAUACAGAGAAUGUACCUUACAAGACUAUAAACUUGUGUCACAAACACAUUCCCUUGUCUUUUUUA